AUGCGCGCCUUGCUCCUCUGCGCCUUCGCUUCCCUCGCUUGUGCCAAACCCAACUCCGGUCUGAAGACUUGGAGCCGCUUCCGAAAGCUCCCAUCCCCGGGAGACAAGGCUUUCCUCUACGACACCUUCCCCGACGGCUUCAUGUGGUCCGUGGGCACCGCUGCGUACCAAGUCGAGGGUGCGUUCGAGAAGGACGGGAAAGGUCUCUCCAUCUGGGACACCUUUACGCGCGGCGGGAACAGAGUCAUAUAUGGAGACGUGGGCAGCGACAGUUACCACAACUUGAACGCAGACGUACGCGCCAUCAGCCAGCUCGGGGUCACGCACUAUCGCUUCUCUCUAUCCUGGUCUCGGAUAUUCCCCAACGGGACGCGCGGGAGCUAUAACGAAAUCGGUGCCAAUUAUUACCGCGCGUUGAUUAAGAAGUUGAAGGCCAUACGGGUGCAGCCGGUGGUGACCCUGUACCACUGGGAUCUACCUGAGCAGCUACAGCGGAGUCUGGGAGGAUGGAGCAAUCCGCAGCUGGUGGAGAUCUUCCAGGAUUACGCCGACUUCUGCUUCCAGGCGUUCGGGGACGACGUGAAAUACUGGAUCACCAUCGACAACCCGUUCGUGGUGGCGCAGCACGGGUACGGGACCGGGGUGGUGGCGCCCGGGAUCAAGACCGACCCCGAGCUGCCCUUCAGAGUGGGGCAUAUUCUGUUGAAGGCCCACGCAGCUGUGUGGCACCUGUACCACCGCCACUACCGCCACCGCCAGAGGGGCCGAGUCUCCAUGGCCCUGGCCUCUCACUGGAUCAAACCGAGCCGGACCAGGAGAGAGAGCCUGCAGCAGUGCCAGUGCUCCCUGGACCACGUGCUGGGCUGGUUCGCUCGCCCUCUCUUCACAGACGGAGACUACCCCCCCUGCAUGAGGGAGCGGCUGGGGGCCAAGCUGCCGUCCUUCACCGCGGAGGAGAAGCAGCACAUCCAGGGCACGGCCGACUUCUUUGCCCUGUCCCACGGCGGAGCUCUGAGUUUCCAGCUCAUCAACGACAGCCUGAAGUUCGGGCAGCAGGAGGAGCUGGACCUGAGGAUGCUGCUGUACUGGAUCAACCAGGAGUACGACCGGCCGCCCAUCUUUGUGGUGCAGAGCGGAUGGUAUGUGCUCGGAAACACUAAGACCGAAGACCCCAAACACAUGUUCUAUCUGAAGAGGUUCAUCGCGGAGGCUCUGAAAUCGAUAGUGAUUGACGGCGUAAACGUGAUCGGAUACACGGCCUGGUCUCUGAUCGAUGGAUUCGAGUGGUAUCGAGAGUACGGGAUCAGGCUGGGACUUUACUAUGUGGACUUCAACACUCCAGACAUGAAGAGAGAGCCCAAGACCUCUGCUGCUUUCUACAGAUCAGUGAUUCUGAAAAAUGGCUUCCCGGAGCUGCCUGAACACAGACCGGCUCAGGGGGUCUUCCCCUGUGACUUUGCUUGGGGCGUCUCUGCCAACUCCAUCCAGGUGGAGACAGUCCCCAGUCUGUUUUCAGACCCCAGUGUGUAUCUGUGGAACGUCUCUAACAGCGGAGAACUGGUGCGACUGAACGGAGUCUCUGCUCCACCUCUGAGACGAGCCCUGCACUGUGCAGACUACGCCACCAUCAGACAACAGGUGGAGGAGAUCCGUCACAUCGGUGUAAACCACUUCCACUUCUCUCUGAACUGGUCGGCCCUGGUGCCUUCAGGAGAUGUGUCGCGACCCAACCACACUCUGCUGGGAUACUACCGCUGCUUCUCUCAGCAGCUGCUCCAGGCCAACGUCACCCCAGUGGUCACUCUGUGGCAUCACACCCGGCAGGGGAGCAGCCUGCCCGCCCCCCUCCACAACAACAACAAGUGGCUCAACAGAGAGACUCCGGCGGCGUUCGCAGACUACGCUCGGCUGUGCUACAGAGAGCUGGGGGCCCACGUGAAGAUGUGGAUCACUCUGAACGAACCCAACGACGAGAUGGUGAGCUACCAGGAAGGACACCAGAUGCUGCGGGCGCACGCUCUGGCCUGGCACCUGUACGACCAGGAGUUCAGGGACCAGCAGAGGGGGCAGGUGUCUCUGGCCCUGCACAUGGACUGGGUGGAGCCGGCGUUCCUCUUGAGCCGUGAGGACGUGGAGCCAGCGAAGCGAGUCCUGGACUUCCUGGUAGGAUGGUUCGCGGAGCCGGUGUUUGGCAGCGGAGACUAUCCUCUGGGGAUGAGGAGCUGGCUGCGUCAGCUCAACUCUGUCAGUCUUCCGGUGUUUAAUGAAGAGGACCGGCGGCUCGUCCAAGGCUCCUACGACUUCUUUGCCAUCAGUCACUUCAGCACUCAGCUGGUGACGCAGGCAAAGGAAGACUCGUACACGUACUCCGCCAUGUUGGAGGUUCAGUACAUGAUCGACACCACGUGGAUCAUGUCCCCCAGACGACCAGUGGUGCCGUGGGGGCUCAGGAAGGCGCUAAACUGGAUAAAGGAGCACUACAGCGACGUCCCAGUUUAUGUGAUGGCCAACGGGGUUCAGGAAGACCAGGCCCAUUUCAAAGACAACUUACGAGUUUACUAUUUAUACAACUACAUCAACGAAGCACUGAAAGCCUACACACUGGACGGCGUCAACCUCAAAGGCUUCUUCUCCUACUCCCUGAGCGACCAGCGAGACCCCGGCUUCGGUCUUUACGGGAACAUCCACGACGAGGUCAUCAUCAAAGCCUCUCUCACCAACUACAGGAACGUCAUCCAGCACAACGGCUUCCCCAUCCAGGGAGCCGGCCCCCAGCUCUGCCCCCGGACCCCCCAGACCUGCUCCAGCUGCCAGGUCCUGUCCAAGGGGCGUGUGCUGGGGUUCCUCUCCCUGGUGGGGUCUGGGAUGCUGGUCACACUCUGCCUCAUCAUUUACUACACGGCAAAAAGACACAAAGAAAGUUACUGA